UAUAGUGGAUAGAUAAGUUAAAGCAAUGUUUCUUUUUCGAUAACUUGGUACCAAUAACUUGUUCUUACACUACAAAAUUUGAACAUUCCUUUUUCUUAACAAACAAUUUAUUUCCUUUUUCCGAGUCUUCAUUUGUGUUUUACGCAAACCGGUAAAUUUCUUUUUUCCUUGUAUCGCAUAUUCCCAAUACCACCUUUCACUUGCUUAGGCGACAAGUAACUAUGGGUAUUUUCGUCAAUAAACAUAUCACUCAUCUACCCUCGCCCUAUAAAUAACAAACCAUCACAACUCACUUUAGCACACACCAACUAAAACUCCAACAGUAGAGAACACACAAAAACCCUAGAAGUUUUACGAUAAUUGUCAUUCAUGGUUGCAAGAAGUGAGAGUUUUGACCGGACGGUGGAAGAUACGACAACCAAUUGUCUGAUGCUGUUGUCGAGAGUUGGGGAAUGCGGCGGAGGAGACGUAGAGGGUCGCGUUUUCAGAUGCAAGACUUGCAUGAAAGAGUUCUCAUCGUUCCACGCUCUGGGAGUUCAUCGCGUAAGCCACAAGAAGCCAGUUAGCAAUAGCAGCGGCGAAGAACAGUUGGGAAUCUUCAUCAAGAAGAAGACCAAGAAGACGGGGUGGCAUCAUCGUUGUUCGAUAUGUGGCCUGGAGUUUGAGAUGGGACAGGCUCUUGGGGGUCACAUGAGGAAGCACUGGAACAAGGAAGACUCUGGCGGGGCGUUGAUUACACACUCUUUUUUCCCGGAGGCGGCGAUGACUAGGACUUUGAAGGAAACGAGUAAAGAGAAGGGAGUUGCGUGUUUGGAACCGGGAUCAGAUUCGAUAGAGGGUAUCAAUUUGAAGUUAGAAUUGGGAAGAACGAUGUACUGAUUUUUCUUUUAUCUUUUCAUAUUAUUUUUAUAGACUAGCCAACAUAUACUCUUUUACCUGACCCAUCAACGUGAAUAUAUUCUGAUUUUACUAUCCAAGAUUUCUUUUCUUGUAAGCUAUCAUUUUUUUUUGGUUUCACAUGAGAUGGUUUGAGAUGUGAAUGUUGCAGUAGGUUUUGGAGUACAAAUAUAUAAGUUUAGUUGUCAUGGUUACUGUGGUGAAACUAAAGUUGAGAAGUUUCAUGAUCACUGGCU